AUGGCAGGAGCAGGAGCACGAGGAGCAGGAGCGGCUAUGGCAGCCGCCACUAAACAAGGACAGCACGACAGCAGCGGUAUCAGCAUCAGCAUCACUGUCAUCAUGGCCGUGUUUGGGCAGAGGGGCGAGUUUGCGGCGCCUUUGGGUGGGCGCCGCGGGAAGCCCACAGUUGGGUUCACCCGGUUGCAGCCGCACAAGCAGGUGCAGGAGGAUGCUCAUCAAACAAGCAAAGGAAUGGUGGGACGGGCGGCGGACAGGCAAAUUGGACUGGGGCAGCCUGUUGCGGGCGGGCGUGGCGGUGGGAGAUGUUUGUGGAAAGGAUGGUUUGCAGAGCAGGGCUAG